AUGUUCAAGCCAAAACAAAGAAAACUCUAAAUUCUUUAAUUUUAGACACAAAAUAAGCUUUUCGAUAAUAUUUCAAAAGAAAGAUGGGAAAUUACUAAAAAUAAAGAUUAAGAAGCCGAUUUCGUUAUUGAAGAUAGUCCUUACUCAUUCAUAUUUUUAUCACUGAAGUAUCACACAUAAAAUAAUAUUAAGUAUAUUGGAUAAAAGUUAGAAGCCUUUAAGAAAAACGAAGACUACAAUAAAUACAAAAAAAGAAUUCUGCUUCUUCUUUGCGAUGUUAAUGACGAUAAGGAUUAAAUGUUUUAUCUUCAUAAAAUGUGUGAGGAUUAUAAUCUAACAUUAUUAUGUGGAUUCACUUUCUAAGAAAUAGCUAAUUACAUAUUGACAUUUUUAUCAGUUUCUAACAAUCAACAGCUAGCUAAGCAAUACUUGUAAAACAAAAAGUAUUGA